GUGAUAAUUUAGUGAAAUGGGUGGGUUGGCAGAUCACAAACGUGUUUUAUAUCUGUAUAAAAAGGUUCUUCACAUAUUUCCCUGGUAGUUGGUGAACUCACAGCCAUGAAGACGGUGUUGGCUUUUGGGAUUAUUUUGGCAAUAACCAAUGCAAAAGGAAUUUUGACAAGAAACAGUGGCGAUGACGCCAGAGGUAGUUAUGGCGAAAUCGGCUUCGGUCAAGGAAACGAAUAUGAGCACGGAAAAAGAAAAUCAGAAGAAAGCUUUCAUACUUAUCUGGAUCAGAAUGGAAACGUAAUAUCAAAGGCUAAUGGCAAGGCUAUUCUACGUAGUGAAAGACAUUAUCCUAAAAUUGCUAAUAAUGGAAGAAUUGUAUACACUAAAUCAAACUAUGGCAGUUACGGUGGUUAUGACAGUUCCACAGUGACUUACGGUUAUAAUGAAAACAGUGGAAAUUAUGGUGGUGGUUUCGAUGGAAGCGGUGGUCUUGAUGUGAGAUUUGGUGUUGGUACAGAACGACCUACAAACUUUGAGGGCUACAAUAGCAAUCGACUAAAUAGGGGCAACAUUAUUAACACAGGUCAAGUUGGAUAUAGAAAUAUUAACAAUGAAAUAAAUGGUUUUAGAAGGACAAAUAAUUAUGAUAGAUUUGGACAUCUUCGUGGAUUUGGUGGAUUUGGUGGUUUUGGUGGUAUUGGUGGAUUCGGUGGUUUUGGCGGUUUAGGUUUUGGUCUUUCUGGCUUACCUUUUGGUGGACCCAAUGGCUUAGGACAUUUUAAUAAUUGGGGAUCAGGCUUCCAGGGUCUUAAGUCUCCAAGUGUACCAAUAAGUGGUAUACCAGCCAAACCUAACAGUGGACUAAUUAACCAAAAGUUCGACGAAAUAAAUGGAGGUUUGGAUGGAGUAGACCAAGAUGGAGAUGGUGAUGGUUCUGUUACUACCAUUGGUUCCAAUGAAUGUGGAUCAAGCACGUGUGCUCCGAAAGGAAAGUAUGCAUAUGCGUCGGCAUCCGCCUCUGCUGGAAGUUACAGAAAGUAAUGUACAAUUAUAUUAUUGAAGACUGAAAAUGUAAAAUUUUUAAAACCCACUGUAGGCAAUUAGGCUGAUAAUGUGAAAUACAGACCUAGUAUAGUUUUUAAAAUAUUUUUAUAUUUUGUGAUUCUUAAGUUAAUGACGAUACUGUAUGAAUUAAAAAUACUUAUUAAUAGAUGUUGAUUAUUUAAAUAUGCAAAUGUUGAUUAUGUACAUCGUUAGGCUUUACGUAUCACAAAAACAUGCAUAUUAACUAAUUAGGGUUCUACUAGUAUGACGUGAUGAUUACGAAAUACAAUGUCCCAAAAUUUUUGUAAAAUUUGGUAAAGUUCUUAAAUUUACCUACCAAUAUACUUGUAGUUAUACUUACAUAAUAAUAAAGAUAUGGCCAUUUAUGAGGGCUUCCGAUUUCUGGAUUGAUAAUCUCACAGUUACCAUUCAUCAAUAUAACUUGACAAUCAGUAGGUAUUCGAAGCGCUAUUUAAUAAUAAUUAAUUGUCUGUCCAGCCGUAUUAACAAAGUUAAAAUAAUUAGGCUUAAUCCUUAAGUGAAACGUUAUAGUUAUAAUGAUGAUGACUGACAAUCAAUGAAUAUUUGCAUGUGUAAUAGUGUAAACUCCUUACCUUGUUCUCAUAUAACAUGAAAUACCAUUGAACUAUUAAAUAAAAAAAUAGCAAUAUCUCGACGCUUCAGAACUAUUGAUAUAUAAUUUUGUUAUGGUUUAAUUAUGGCUAAGAAAAAUUUAAACAAUAAAUAUUUUUGAAGUUCUUUUUCUUUUUAACCGACUUCAAAAAAAGGAAUCUUUUACAAAUUGACUUGUAUUCUCUAUCUUUGAAUUGUUCCUAAUACGAGAUAUGUAAUACAGCUUUUUGAUUUUCAAAUAAAAUACAGCAUUAAAAAUAAUGUUUUAUUGUUCACAGUAAAAAAAUAUUGUUCACAACAACAAUAAUAAUAUUUCAUUGUUUACAACAAAAAAAUAUUUGAUUGUUUAUAACAAAAUGGAAUUCCUCAUAAAAUCACAACUAUUUCAUAUUUUUUACAUUAAUGAAUAUAACGCACUCUGUGUGAAAUAA